AGGAGUUCGGCGCCGGUGGGCUCGAGAUUGGCCUGCCGCGCCUUUUCCCUCUUUUGGGUCUCGUGGUCCACGUGGGCUUCCCCGGGCUUCUCUUCCUGCUAGCCUUCUCUGUGUCAGCGAGGUCCCCGGGGCUGGCGCCACCUUAACGCAGGAAGCUUCCCUCGCCGGGCCAGCCCCUCCCUGGCUCCGUCGCCUUGGCCGAAUUGAUCUUCGUUCUUUACCUUCGGCAGCCACGGUGGUCUCUUCCUGGUUCGGCUCUCUUCAGUACGUGGACCCAGCGUGCGUUCGGAAAUCUUUUCAGCCAUUAUGGCUGUCAAGUGGAUUGGUGGACAUUCUUCUCCUAUUCUCUGCCUGAAUGCAAGUUCAGAAGGACUAGUGGCUUCUGGAGCAGAGGGUGGAGAUCUCGUGACUUGGGGUGAAGAUGGGACUCCAUUGGGACAUACACGCUUAGAAGGGGCCAACGACGUUACCUGUGUCUUAUUCUCUCCCUCCUGCCCCACCAAGCUCUAUGCCUCGCAUGGGGAAACUAUUAGCAUACUGGAUGUCAGAUCCCUCAAGGGUUCCCUGGACCAUUUUCAUGUGAAUGAAGAAGAAAUAAAUUGCCUUUCAUUGAAUGAAACUGAAAACCUGCUGGCUUCUGCUGAUGAUUCCGGAGCAAUCAAAAUCCUAGAUUUGGAAAAUAAGAAAGUUAGCAGAUCGCUAAAGAGACAUUCCAACAUCUGUUCUUCUGUGGCUUUUCGGCCUCAAAGGCCUCAGAGCCUGGUGUCAUGUGGACUGGAUAUGCAGGUGAUGCUGUGGAACCUUCAGAAAGCCCGGCCACUCUGGGUUACAAAUUUACAGGAGGAUGAAACAGAAGCAAUGGAGAGCCCGCAGUCACCGGGGCAGCUCUUAAACCCUGCUCUAGCCCAUUCUGUGUCCGUGGCAGCAUGCGGCAAUAUUUUUAGUUGUGGUGCAGAAGACGGAAAGAUUCGAAUCUUCAGGGUAAUGGGAGUCAAAUGUGAACAAGAAUUGGGAUUUAAGGGCCACACUUUGGGAGUAUCCCAGGUCUGCUUUCUGCCAGAAUCUUAUUUGCUGCUUACUGGAGGGAAUGAUGGGAAGGUAAUGAUGUGGGAUGUAAGCAGUGAAGUUGAGAAAAAACAGAAGAGUCCUACAAAACAUACCCACAGAAAAAGCACUAAAAGAGCAACUUAUACCAACCAGGAUGGAAACACUAAUACUUCAGUGACACAUGAGGAACAGGGCAAAAUUUUACCAAAGCUAAGUAUUGAACAUGGAGAAAAAGUGAACUGGCUCUUGAGUACAAAAAUAAAGGGUUGCCAAAAUAUAUUAGUAGCUGAUCAAACUAGUUGUAUAUCUGUGUAUCCAUUAAAUGAAUUUUAAAUCCAAUAAAAACAUUUGAAUAA